AUUAUAAAAAUAUUAUAUACUGAAAUAAAAUUGUUUAUAAAAGGUGGAAAAUAUCAACCUAUGUGGCUAAAGUCAUUUUAUUCAGAAAAUAUUUCCCACUUUGCAUUGAUUGGUUGCAUUUCUUCUUUUCUAGAUGCAAGUUAUAAUUUCAAACAUAGAAGUGGGCAGUUUAAAGAACAUAAGUGCCAUUUUUGUGAUUAUUCCUCUCCAUUUUUGACUAAUGUGAAACAUCACAUUCGUAAACACACAGGAGAACGUCCUUUCAAUUGUACUCUGUGUUGUCAAAACUUUAUGCGAAAAUCACAGAUGAAGAAUCACAUGAUCACACAUUCUGAAGAGCGGCCCUAUAAGUGUCAUAUUUGUGGAAAAGGAUUUAAACGAAAAGAUAGUAUAAAACCACACAUGAUUAUAUGUGUUCUAGAAAUCCUAAAAUUCACCGAUGUCUUUACUGUGAACACCCUUUCUGCUGUUCUAGUUGUGCCUGCGAAUGUGAGAGAAAAAAUGGCGAAUCGUAGAAAUUUGAAUCACGCUGAUAUAGCUAAACUAAUGGAAGCUUCUGACAGUUCAGAAGAAGUAUCGGAGUAUAAAAAUCAUACAAGUGAUGAAAUUGAGAGUGAAAGUUCUGACAACGAUUUUGAUACUGCUAUUCAACAAAUGAACUAUAAAGGGAAUAUUCAACCCAAGAAUCAUGAAAAUAUGGAAAGCUAUUUCAACCAGAAACCAUUGAACUAUAAACUUCAUAAAUGCUCCUAUUGUAAUUAUUCAUCAUUUAUUUUGACUAAUCUGAAGAAACAUAUUUUGAUACACACUGGAGAGCGUCCUUUCUCUUGUUCAAUAUGUGGAAAGAAAUUUAUACAAAAAACACAUUUGAAAAGACACAUGUUUAUUCAUUCUGGAACACAUAUUUUAUACCAUUAAGUUUGUAGAGAUCAUGUCUCUGUGAAAUUCUAAUCUGUUAAUUCCAAUCAUCAAUAUAAUUAUUUAUAAUUUAUUCCAGAAACAACUCUAUAUAUAUCACAUUUGUGGGAAAAUAGUAGAUUUUGUUAUUGAUUGUGUAUGUCUUAGUUUUGUACCACUAAUCAAUAAGCAUGUAUUAUAGUCCAAAAAUUAGCUGUAAUUUCCAUUUUACCAUGGAAUAUUGCAAUCAUUUGAAAUGUUAUGUAAA